CCUCCCUGCGCCCUCCCUCCCUCCCUCCGCGCUCAGAACACUCAAUGUCGGAACGUUCCGAAGAUGACGUCGGAGCGUUCUCGAAUCCCGUGUCUCUCGGCUGCUGCUGCCGAAGGAACAGGGAAAAAGCAACAAGAAGGAAGAGCAAUGGCGACACUGGAUCGCAAAGUGCCCAGUCCGGAGGCGUUUCUGGGCAAACCCUGGUCCUCCUGGAUCGACGCCGCCAAAUUGCACUGCUCCGACAAUGUAGAUUUAGAAGAGGCUGGAAAAGAGGGUGGAAAAAGCAGGGAGGUUAUGAGGCUUAAUAAAGAAGAUAUGCACUUAUUUGGCCAUUACCCAGCACAUGACGACUUCUAUCUCGUGGUGUGCAGCGCCUGUAACCAGGUCGUGAAGCCGCAGGUUUUCCAGUCGCACUGCGAGAGAAGACACGGUUCGAUGUGUAGACCCUUUCCCUCUCCAACGUCUCCGGCCUCCACUCCCAAGACAUCCCUAGCACAGGUGAAAACAAAAGCCUGUCUCGGCGGCCAUAACUCUGCCAGCAGCACCUCAAAGCCAUUCAAAACGCCCAAAGACAAUCCACUUACCUCCAGCAGCAAACAGCACACGGUCUUUUCUGCGAAGGGAUCACGAGAUAAACCAUGCGUUCCGGUUCCUGUAGUCAGUUUAGAGAAAAUUCCUAACCUAGUGAAGGCAGACGGUGCCAAUGUCAAGAUGAACUCCACAACCACUACUGCGGUCACCGCCGCCGCCGCCUCUGCUGCCAUCUCCGCCCCACCUUUAAUUAAGCCCAUGUUGAUGUCCAAGUCAGUGCCACCUUCGCCAGAGAAGAUCUUAAAUGGCAAAGGAAUUCUAUCAGCCGCCAUAGACAAGAAACACCAAAAUGGCACCAAAAAUAGCAGCAAGCCCUACAGGAGACUUUCAGAGAGAGAAUUUGACCCAAAUAAACACUGUGGAGUAUUGGAUCCCGAGACAAAGAAACCUUGCACAAGAUCCCUCACCUGCAAGACGCACUCGCUAAGCCAUCGGAGGGCAGUCCCGGGCCGGAGAAAGCAAUUUGACCUCCUCCUGGCGGAACACAAAGCCAAGUCCCGGGAAAAAGAAGUGAAAGAUAAAGAGCAUCUCCUGACCUCCACACGGGAAAUACUCCCCAGCCCAUCCGGGCCGGCCCAGGAUUCUCUACCAGGAUCCUCGGGGAGCUCCGGGCCAGAACCGAAAGUCGCGUCCCCUGCGAAAUCGAGGCCACCUAACUCUGUCCUUCCCAGACCAUCCUCUGCAAACAGCAUAAGCAGCAGCGCGUCUUCAAAUCACAGCGGCUACACUCCAGAGCCUGCCGUGGCCCUGGUCGGAGGUGACCUCGCCAGCCGCCUGUCCAGUGAUGAAGGGGAGAUGGACGGAACUGAGGAAUCUGAGAAGUUAGACUGUCAGUUCUCAACGCACCACCCCAGACCUCUUGCGUUUUGCUCAUUCGGGAGUCGCCUCAUGGGACGAGGGUACUAUGUGUUUGAUAGAAGAUGGGAUCGUUUUCGAUUCGCACUAAACUCCAUGGUAGAAAAACACUUGAACUCACAGAUGUGGAAGAAGAUCCCUCCUGCGGCAGAUAGCCCCAUGCCCUCGCCAGCAGCCCACAUCACCACCCCCGUGCCAGCAUCCGUUUUGCAGCCUUUCAGCAACCCCAGUGCUGUGUAUCUGCCUUCAGCUCCCAUCAGCUCGAGACUCACCUCUUCUUACAUAAUGACAUCAGCCAUGCUCUCAGACGCAGCUUUUGUGGCAUCGCCGGACCCGCGCGUCCUCAUGUCCCACACCCCAGCUUUCCCCCAUGUGGCCACAACCCUCAGCAUCAUGGACUCAACCUUCAAGGCCCCAUCCGCCGUGUCCUCGGUGCCAGCCGUCAUCCCUUCCCCAUCCCACAAGCCAUCCAAAGUCAAAGCCAGCAAAUCCUCCAAAGUCAAGGACCUGUCCGCCCGUAGCGACGAGUCUCCAAGUAACAAAAAGAGGAAGCCGCAGCCUUCGACUUCCUCCUCCUCCUCCUCCUCCUCCACCACCUCCUCCUCCUCCUCCUUGUCCCUGCAGACCUCCCUCGCGUCUCCAUUGUCAGGGCCCCACAGAAAGAACUGUGUGCUGAAUGCCAGUUCAGCUUUGAACUCCUAUCAGCCGGGCCCUCCCUACAACAGUCUGUCUGUGCACAACACAAACAAUGGCGUGAGCCCACUCGGUGCCAAACUGGAGCCCUCAGGACGGACCCCGCUGCCCGGCGGCCCCGCGGACCUAGUGAGACAGGUGGGCGCUGUGGGCGGCAGCAGCGACUCCUGUCCCCUCUCUGUGCCCUCCCUCGCGCUCCACGCGGGGGACCUCUCUCUGGCCUCACACAAUGCCGUGUCUUCUCUGCCCCUCUCUUUUGACAAAUCAGAAGGAAAAAAGCGUAAGAACUCGAGUUCUAGUAGCAAAGGCUGUAAGAUCACUAAAAUGCCUGGUAUGAAUAACGUUCACAAAAAGAACCCGCCCGGCCUGCUGGCCCCGGUGCCGGACCCCGGUAACAGCACCUCCUCUCGGCAGGUUGGGAAAAAUAGCAGCCUAGCUUUGUCACAGUCCAGCCCUUCGAGCAUAUCCAGUCCAGGACACAGCCGACCGAAGAACACAAACAGACCUGGCAGGAUAAGGACUCUUCCAUAACAAGACUGUGAAGCCACUUCCAAACCACUUCCUGGCUUCCUGGUCGCGCCUCGGGAGGCCGCGGCGGGAGGAGGGGGAGGGGACUGGGCCGUGGGAGAGAAGCUGUUUUCCCGUGCCCUACCUGUGGCUCUGGCCUUUUCUUCUUCUCCUAAAUUUUUGAAAAAUUAGCAAAUUUUUAUUUUCGAAGAAAAAGGCAAGAGACCGUGAAUCUGAUACUUGCAGCAAACAAUGCCAGUGUUUUGUUUCCGUUGUCUUUCCUUCCGUUUACCACGCGUAUACAUCUUCCACAUGCGGGGGUCCCUCCCCGGCUCCUGAUGCUGCUACGGCACCCCGUUGUUUUGCUGCAGCCCGGACGGCAGACGUGGCAGAGUGUCACUUCCGGGCCUGCUCCAUCUAAAGCUCUUGACCUUUAGCACCUGCAGAACACUUUGCUUCCUGGUCCUCUCCCACCCCUUCCCUUCCAGCUUCCACCUGCCACUCCCUGGGUCCCCGCUGCUCUUCAGAAGGAGCUGGCUGUCACAGGUCCCUCCAGACAGCACGCUGGGGAGCUGAGAGCAGGGGAGUGGGGUGCUCUCAUCAGGUUUCUGCAGCCCACCAUGGCUGGAGCCCAAUGCUGGGGGCAGCAUAGAGAACCGGCCAUUUGAUGGUGUGGUUUAUCCAAUGUCACUUCCAGCUAAGCAGCUGGGUCAGGGACAGGGGCUGCAGUGGCCUGGCAGGGUGGCAGGAAGCAGAGCAUGAGGGGUAGAGGACCAUAACCCACCAAAGACGGUGAGAACUGAAUACCUGUGUUAGGAGUCCACUCUGCAGAGUCCAUCCUGGGGUGCGGAGCUGAGUGAGCCAGAGAGAGAGAGGGAUGUCAGGCAGCCACUCCCUGGGGACCACUGCUGCUAACGGCCCUCCAGCAGCUGUCCAGGCUUCUGGGGGGUGGUUAAUGUGUUGAAUCCCUUGGGAAAAUCAGCGCUAGCAUUUCCUGUCCUCCCCAAGCCCCCUGCACUGCCAUGGCACCCGACUCAGAACCAGCCGUCCCAGAAGGAACCACUUGGAAGAGCCAGGGACAUUGGAGCCCCGCAGCUGUAGAACUGAUCACACUGGAGUUUUGAAAAGAACCAGCAAUACCAUAAGCUCUGGCAGGCAGUGGUAAUCAGGUUGGGGAUCGCGGUAGGAACUAGGUGUUCUGCGCCAGCCAUGUAGGCUCUUAGCCCAAGACACAGCAGGGAUGCUGGGAGGGCUUGCCCCAGCCUCAGGUCCCACGUGAGUGCACUGCUCGUGGCCUCGCUGGGCACAGGCCUCAUCCGCACCCGGAAGAUUCUCUUUCUGCCCCCUCCCCCAGCCCAAAGAUGAGACUACUGCUAAGCUUCACCACGCAAUCCGAAUCCGCAAAGACCCGAGGCAGGUGGAGUGCUUUGCCUCCGUGGAAUUGCACUGACAGUGUUUCUUAGAGGAUUUCAAACCUUUUUAAUAUGAAAUGAAGAUGUUUUUAAAAUCAGGAGUUGCUAUCAAAUACCAGGACAUGAGUUCAGAUGAUUUCAUUUUUAUUUCUACAGUGUUAAAAGUGCACUUAGAUGCUGGCUUAUUUAUGUCUUGGGGGAAAAAAGGAAAAGACUACAAACUGAAGGGAUGAAUGUUACUUUUUCUUCUUAAAAAAAAACUUAAGGCAGAUUUUAAGACUUAUAAAUGUUUAAGAAAUUAUAAUAAGGUUAGACCCUUUGGAAAAAAAAAGUUUAGAAGAUAUUCUUAAAGUAAAUUUUUAUAGUGUUAAUUUUGUAAUAAUUUAUGUUUUACUAUAUUGCAGAGCUAACUGACCAGAAUAGUUUCAGAAACAAUAUGAAACUUAGGAAAGUUUAAGCAAUGUUUCUAUUUUUAAAAACGUUCUUUGAAUUAUGUUUUUAUUGUACAUUUCUUCAGACUGAAAAGUGUGUACAUAUCUUUGUUAUUUUUUGCACAACUUUUGUCUCGUUUGGUUUUAGAAGUCUUGUUUUUUUAUAAUUUAUUUUGAGUUGGAAAACUUUCAGGAGUAAAAAACAAAACAAAAUCUCAGCAACAGAACCCGCUGAUCUACAAACUCUUGCACUCAGAGAGGGGGUACAAGGUGGCACGAUGAAGCGGCUGCUUCUGCGAAAAAUGCCCGGACAGGGACUCCCGGGGCGGGUCAGUGGGUUCCAACAUCUUCCUCUCCACGUCUCGCCUGGGAAGCUGGACUCGAGAGGCUCCCCACCGAACGCUGCUUACACCGCUGAGAGACCGGCUCUGACCAAGGUGAGGACAUUUCUGGAAAACCGAGCAAAAAGGGAAACCCUCCCUCCCCCCACCCCGCCGUACUUCCUCCUUUGCCACCCUCCCCAGGUUUACGUUACGGCGCUGGACUGAAGACUUGCGGCUUGGAAACAGAAGGCAGAGCUGAGGUGUUCUUUGGGUUUGAUUUCUCGGAGUUCGGCCGGACCAGACCGCGAGAAAGCGGUCCGAGGGGGAGGUCUUCGGUGGUCUUCCGUGGCGCGCGCCCCGGGUGCUGGGUGCUCGGUGCUCGGUCUGCCCCGCCGGGCCCCCUGACUGCGCACACCCCCGUCUUGCCUGAAGAGCUCCUGACGUCCUGUCGCCAGCGUCAAGGCCCGAAAGCUCUGGCUGUUAAGCAUCACGCAGCGCGUAGACCUGUCAGCCAUAAAACAAAAACAAGCGACCUGGAUAACUUGUAUGCCUUCUUUUGUAUCGACGUUCCAAUUGUAAAUAACUCGGAUCGACCUUUGUAGAGAAUAGUUUAUACAGCAUAUUCUAUUAUUGCUGAUUCUCAGUGAACUCUUGUUUUGAAAAGGAAAAAAAAGAAAUUUUCUAUUGACACCUUAUAUUUUGUUAUGCUGUCGGCCCAUGGCACUUUAACAGAAACUCUGUGGGUUUUACGUAGCUGGUCCGUCAUGGGGUAGAUUAAAUAACUCUUGUCACACA